CCUCUCUCUGUCUCUCCCUGUCUCUCUCUCUCUCUUCUCUAGUUCUGUACCAAAACUACAGCCUCUUAAAAAUAUUCCAACUAGAAAGAUAAAAGGGAAAACAAAAUAAAAACUGGUUUUACAGUGCCAUUUUCUUAUCAUAGAAGGAUCACAAACAUCUCAAGGAAAAAGCUUUCAGAGAAGUACCAGCAAUCAGAUUGCAGUAAAAAAUUUGAAGUUGUGAAGUACUCUUCAGAGGCAGAGACUUGGAGUUGUGACUAACAGAGGGUUGGGCUACAACUUUUUCAUUAUUUUCUGGGUCGCUCCAGCUUUAUUGUUUAAUUGUGGGAGAUUGAUGCAGUAAUUUUAUGCUGGGAUGUUAAACUACAAAAUUUUGAUUCUUGAUUGGUAGCGGGUACAAGGGAAAGCUUGUGGACUAUCUUGUGUGAUAUUUUUGUUGUGGUUGCAAAGUUUGUGGAUUGGUGCUCGGUUGAAGGUUAGCUGGGAGAUAAAUUUUCCAUGGCUGCUACAUCUGAAAGAUGGAUUGAUCGUCUGCAAUUCUCCUCAUUGUUUGGGCCGCCCCCACAAGAUGCCCUGCGACGGAAGGCUCAAGUUACUGCCUAUGUGGACUACUUUGGUCAGUUUACAUCAGAACAGUUUCCUGAGGACAUUGCCGAGCUGAUCCGUAACCGUUAUCCAUCGGAGUUGAAGCGUCUCUUUGAUGAUGUCCUGGCUAUGUUUGUCCUUCAUCACCCUGAGCAUGGGCAUGCUGUUAUCCUUCCAAUUAUUUCAUGUAUCAUUGAUGGUACGCUGGCAUAUGAAAGGACCAGUCCACCGUUUGCUUCUUUCAUAUCGUUGGUCUGCCCAAGCAGUGAGUGGGCUCUGGCAUGUGGGGAGAUUUUACGAAUCUUAACUCAUUACAAUCGCCCCAUAUACAAGGUGGAGCAACAGAAUAGUGAAACAGAAAGAAGCAGUAGUGGUAGCCAUGCUACAACAAGUGACUCCGUUGAUGGUGAAUCCAGCCAUAUACCUUUGGUACAACAAGAGAGGAAACCUAUAAGGCCUUUGUCUCCUUGGAUUACUGAUAUAUUGCUUGCUGCACCUCUAGGUAUCAGAAGUGAUUACUUCCGCUGGUGUAGCGGGGUUAUGGGAAAAUAUGCUGCUGGAGAACUCAAGCCACCAUCAACUGCUUCUUCUCGUGGAUCUGGAAAACAUCCCCAGCUCAUGCCAUCGACUCCAAGGUGGGCAGUUGCUAACGGUGCUGGAGUUAUAUUAAGUGUUUGUGAUGAGGAAGUUGCUCGCUAUGAGACUGCUACUUUGACGGCAGUCGCUGUCCCUGCACUUCUACUUCCUCCUCCAACAACAGCUUUGGAUGAGCACCUAGUGGCGGGGUUACCUGCUCUUGAGCCAUAUGCACGCUUAUUUCAUAGGUAUUAUGCUAUUGCUACUCCAAGUGCCACCCAAAGACUUCUUCUUGGUCUUCUAGAAGCACCACCAUCAUGGGCUCCUGAUGCACUUGAUGCAGCUGUACAGCUUGUGGAACUCCUUCGUGCUGCUGAAGAUUAUGCAUCUGGCAUAAGGCUUCCUAGGAACUGGAUGCAUUUGCAUUUCUUGCGUGCAAUUGGAACUGCAAUGUCCAUGAGAGCGGGUAUAGCAGCUGAUGCUGCGGCAGCUUUACUUUUCCGAAUACUCUCCCAGCCUGCAUUGCUUUUCCCUCCACUAAGACAAGUUGAUGGAGUUGAAGUUCAGCAUGAGCCUUUGGGUGGUUACAUCUCAAGCUACAAGAAGCAGAUUGAAGUUCCUGAGGCUGAAGCAACAAUUGAAGCUACUGCCCAAGGGAUUGCUUCUAUGCUCUGUGCCCAUGGGCCUGAGGUUGAAUGGCGAAUUUGUACCAUAUGGGAAGCUGCUUAUGGCCUCAUUCCUUUAAGUUCCUCUGCAGUUGACCUUCCUGAGAUCAUUGUUGCCACUCCAUUACAACCUCCAAUAUUAUCAUGGAAUCUGUAUAUACCCCUCCUUAAGGUCUUGGAAUAUCUUCCUCGCGGAAGUCCCUCUGAGGCAUGCCUUAUGAAGAUAUUUGUUGCCACUGUUGAAGCGAUUCUUCAGAGAACAUUUCCGCCUGAGUCCUCAAGAGAGCAAAACAGGAAAACGAGGUAUCUUUUUGGUAUAGGUUCGACCUCAAAAAACCUGGCUGUGGCAGAGCUUCGUACAAUGGUUCAUUCACUAUUCUUGGAAUCAUGUGCCUCGGUAGAGCUUGCUUCACGCCUGCUGUUUGUUGUGCUAACUGUUUGCGUCAGUCAUGAAGCUCAGUCCAAUGGGAGCAAGAAAGCAAGAGUUGAAGAAAGCUACCCAGCUGAUGAGAGCGUUGAAGAAUCACAAAAGAUGUCAGAUAAGCAGAGAAACAGAACUAAAAAGACAAAAAAACAGGGGCCGGUAGCAGCAUUUGAUUCUUAUGUUCUGGCUGCUGUUUGUGCUCUUGCAUGUGAGCUUCAGUUGUUCCCUUUGAUUUCAAAGGGGAUUAAUCAUGCUCACUCUAAAGAUGCAAAAAAUGUGGCAAAGCCUGCCAAAGAAAAUGUAUGUACUAAUGAGUUUCGGAGUAGUGUUGACUCAGCAGUUUGUCACACACGCAGAAUACUAGCCAUUUUGGAGGCACUUUUCUUGCUGAAGCCAUCUUCUGUUGGCACUUCGUGGAGUUACAGUUCAAAUGAGAUAAUUGCAGCAGCCAUGGUUGCAGCUCAUGUUUCUGAAUUAUUUAGAUGGUCAAAAGCUUGCAUGCAUGCACUCUCUGUCUUGAUGCGAUGUAAGUGGGACAGUGAAAUUUGCUCCAGAGCCUCAUCAUUAUACAACCUCAUUGAUUUCCACAGUAAGGCUGUUGCAUCUAUCGUUAACAAGGCUGAACCAUUGGAAGCACACUUGAGGCAAGUUCCAAUUUGGAGGGAUUCCUUUGUUUGUUUUGAAGGCAGAAAACUAAGUCGUGGUGGAAACAGUAGAUGCUUAAAUGUAGGGCAGCCAUCUGCCUCGCAGUGUGAGGAUUCAGCACAUUCAGAAACUAAACAAAAAUCUGAGAGUGCAUCACAUUCAUUUGAGGGGUCCGGAAAUACCUUUGGUAAAGGUGUUGCAAGUUUCCCAUUAGAUGCUUCAGAUUUGGCCAACUUUCUUAUUAUGGACAGGCAUAUAGGAUUUAAUUGCAGUGCACAGGUUCUUCUAAGAUCAGUACUCACAGAAAAACAAGAGCUAUGUUUCUCAGUUGUCUCACUAUUGUGGCACAAGUUAAUUGCAGCUCCUGAAACCCAGCCUUCUGCAGAAAGCACUUCUGCUCAACAAGGAUGGCGGCAGGUCGUUGAUGCAUUAUGCAAUGUUGUGUCAGCAACACCAGCAAAAGCAGCCACUGCAGUGGUUCUUCAGGCGGAGAGGGAAUUGCAGCCUUGGAUUGCCAAAGAUGAUGAUCAAGGUCAGAAGAUGUGGAGAAUCAACCAGAGGAUUGUAAAAUUGAUUGUGGAGUUGAUGAGAAUUCAUGAUAGCCCAGAGUCGUUGGUAAUUUUGUCAAGUGCCUCAGAUCUACUUUUGCGUGCCACUGAUGGGAUGCUUGUUGAUGGAGAAGCUUGCACCUUACCCCAACUAGAGCUACUGGAAGCAACAGCUAGAGCAAUUCAGCCUGUGCUCGAGUGGGGAGAAUCUGGGUUGGCAGUCGCAGACGGCCUUUCGAACCUGUUAAAGUGUCGUCUGCCAGCUACUAUCCGAUGCCUUUCUCAUCCGAGUGCACAUGUUCGUGCUCUGAGCACAUCAGUUCUUCGUGAUAUUUUGCAAACCAGUUCAAUUAGACCUAACCCUAAUCCGGUGGAAAUAAAUGGUAUUCAUGGUCCUUCCUACAAGUAUUUUAACUUAGAUGUGAUUGACUGGCAAGCUGAUGUGGAAAAGUGCUUGACAUGGGAAGCUCAUAGCCGACUUGCAACUGGAAUGCCUAUAAAAUUUCUUGAUACUGCCGCCAAAGAAUUGGGUUGUAGUAUUUCCAUAUAAAAUUGAUUAGAUUCAGGUGUAUAAUUUUUUUUCUUUUUCAUGUGAGACUUGUCUUACACAAUAGAUACUUGCAUCUUUAUUGCCUUGAAAGAUGAGUUUGCAGGUUAGUAGAUAUUCAUUUGUUCUUCUGGGUCCAAGGUGUUAAAUCAUACUGUCAAGAUUUUCUUUUCUGACGAGACACGGCAGUCCCUCAUGGAAGGAGAUUUGUGUAAAUGAGAAUUGUGGUUUAAUUGUCACCCUAGUCAUCCUAAUUUGGAUCUUAAACCA